AUGAGUUCUACUCCCGUAUCCAUGGAAGAUCAGCAAAAACUUUUAGAGGAAGCAUUGAAUGUAGUUAAAGUUCAGGCAUUUCAAAUGAAAAAAUGCCUGGCCAACAGCAAACUUAUGGAUGGCUUGAAACAUUGUUCUACGAUGCUAGCAGAAUUGCGGACGUCCGUAUUGACACCAAAAAAUUAUUACGAACUCUCUACCAUUAUUUGUAAAGAUAUGGCAAUUUUCGAUGCUCUCCGACACCUCACAACAUACCUUAUUGACGCACAUGUCUCGGGAAAGCAUCAUCUUGCAGACCUUUAUGAAUUAGUACAAUACGCCGGAAAUAUAAUUCCACGUUUGUAUCUUAUGAUUACUGUUGGUAGUUCUUAUAUGUCACAAAAAGAUGCACCAGUCAGAGAGAUCAUGAAAGAUGUGAUGGAGAUGUCUCGAGGUGUACAGCACCCGACACGUGGAUUAUUUUUGAGGCAUUAUCUAAGCGGAAUGACGAGGGAUUCAUUACCAGUCGGGAGUGAUAAUGGUCCACAAGGCAACCUUCAAGAUUCAAUUUCAUUUAUUCUUACUAAUUUUGUUGAGAUGAAUAAAUUAUGGGUCCGCCUUCAACAUCAAGGCCAUUCACGUGAUCGUGAAAAACGGGAGAUGGAACGUAAAGAAUUGAGAAUUUUAGUCGGAACAAAUUUGGUUCGCCUGAGCCAAUUAGAUGGUGUUGAUUUAGAGCUGUAUCAAAAAAGAAUAUUACCUGCCAUAUUGGAGCAAGUGAUCAAUUGUAAAGACGUUAUUGCUCAAGAAUAUUUGAUGGAAGUCAUCAUUCAAGUAUUCCAUGAUGACUUUCAUUUGAGAACACUUGGUCCAUACUUGUCUGCUUGUGCUCAAUUACAUCAAAAAGUUAAUAUAAAACAGAUUGUGAUCGCGCUUAUUGAUCGUCUCGCUGCCUAUGCUGCUCGUGAAGCAGAUUCUGAACCACCAGAAGUGGUUAAACGUCAGGAAGAAGAAGCAGCUCUAAAGAAAUUCCGUGGCAUUCCUGAAGAUGUAAAACUCUUUGAAGUUUUUUGGGGACAAGUUGUCGAUUUGGUCAGGGCACGUCACGAUUUAUCUAUUCAAGAUAUCACCGCUUUGUUGGUAUCUUUGGUCAACUUAUCAUUAAGUUGUUAUCCUGACAGGAUUGAAUAUGUUGAUCAAGUCAUUGAAUUUGCAAAACAAAAGGUUGUGGACUUCCAUGAUAGUCCUGAUUUACAUAGUCCGGCUGCUACCUCCAAUUUGCUUAAUCUACUUUUGGCUCCGAUCAAUAAUUAUCCUACCGUUCUCACUCUUCUUGCACUUCCCAAUUAUUCGGCUCUACUCUCAGUUCAACCGUUUCAAACUCGCCGUUCUGUUGCUCAUGCAAUUGUUUCCUCCAUACUCAAAAAUGAAACGAUUAUUGAGACUCCUAAUGAAGUUAACUGUAUACUAGAUCUUUGCAGCGUCCUAACACGUGAUCAAAAAGAUGCUACUCUUUCAAGUCCAUUCAGUGGGCUUACUAGCGGGAGAAAUGCAAGAUCUGGUGGUGUUCCACCGAUGAUGGAUCCAGAAGAAUUUGCAGAAGAGCAAGGAUGGCUUGCAAGGAUUAUUCAUUUAUUUAAAAGCGAUGAUCUGGAUAAUCAAUUUAUGCUUCUCUCUACUGCCCGUAAACAAUUUGCCGAGGGUGGUGAGAGAAUACGAUACACUUUUCCACCUCUUGUUGCGUCAGCCGUUAAAUUAGCAAGAAGAUACCUACAGUUUCAACAACGUGACGACGAUGGUUGGGAGAAAAAAGCAAAUACACUCUUUCGUUUUAUUCACCAGGUCAUUACCGCUCUAUAUAACAAAGUUGAGUGUUCAGAGUUAUGUUUGCGAUUAUUCCUUCUCGCAGGUCAAAGCGCUGAUGAAUGUGGGUUUGAAGAAAUAUGUUAUGAAUUCUUUGUUCAGGCGUUUACCAUUUACGAAGAAUCAAUUUCAGAAUCGCGUAUACAAUUUCAAGCAAUUACACUUAUUAUUGGCACAUUGCAAACCACUAGCGUGUUUGGUGCAGAGAAUUACGAUACUUUGAUCACUAAGUGUGCUCUGCAUGGAAGUAAAUUACUUAAAAAACCAGAUCAAUGCCGCGCUGUUUAUCUUUCUAGUCACCUAUGGUGGGCUACUGAAGUUCUUGAAUGUUUACAAAAAGCUCUUAAAAUCGCAGAUUCUUGUAUGGAUUCAGUAACUAAUGUAGAAUUGUUUGUAGAGAUUUUAAAUAGAUAUAUAUAUUACUUUGAAAGAAAGAACGAAGCUGUUACUGUUAAAUAUCUCGAUGGUUUGAUCGAUCUUAUCAAUACUAAUAUUACUAAUAUGGAUAGUUCAGAUCAACAUCCUCCAACAUCUGCUUCAUCGACCCUUAUCGAACCUGAAGGCAACGCUUCAGAGUAUGUCAUAAGACAUUUCAAAGGAACUCUUCAUCAUCUUAACAUGCGAAAGGAAGCAGUACUCGCUUCUAAAGUACAAGGUGACAUUUUUCAACAGAGAUAUGACGAUAUAAAUACAAAUGUCUCUAUCUAA